UCCAAGAGUUGACUUUUCUGAUUUAAAUGUGCUUCCUUAUCUUCCUUCAGUUUCUAUCAGAAGCUUGAGUUGACUUUCUCUCUGGGCAUUCAGAUUCAAAAACAACAACUAGAAGAUGAUGAACGAAAAGAUGAAAGCUUUGAUGAUCGGAGUUGUGGGUGCAGGGAUCACACUUUCUGCGUAUUCACAGACAUGCAUGAGCUCGACUCAGUGUAUCGGUACGGGCUUUGUUGUUCUAAUGAUCGGGCUUCUUGUUGGUGAGGGUUGGCUCCCUCUUUAAGUUACCAGUUUUGUUGUUCACGGGGAACACUUGUUUAGAUCCUCUGUUUAGUUUACAAAGGAUCUAAACAAGAAAAUGGGCCCGUCAUCCUUGAGGAGAAGCGGACCCCUUUUAGUUAUCUAUAUGUAUUUCUUGAAGUUGUAACCUAUGAUGAAUCACGAAACCUAAUAAUGUAUUUCGUCUAAUCGAAUUGUUUCUUUUUUUAUAUAUAUUUGUGAUAUGGAUGAUUAUAAUCUAUGUGUUUGACAUGAUGAGUUGAAUAUU